AUGGCGUUCCUUUUUUGCAUUCCUUUCGUUGUACAACCGGUGUCAAAUCAUGUCUCAUUUAAAGAGGAGCUUCCAACGUGGGUGGAAGAAAAAGACACCAUGUUGCUCACAAAUGAUGAUAUUCAUGUUGAUAUUGUUGUUGUUGGUGAUGGUUCGGGAAAUUUCGUUAAAGUUAUGGACAUGGUGUUAGCAGCACCAAAGCAUAGCAAGAAACGUUUUGUGAUAAAAGUCAAGAGGGGGAUUUACAUGGAAAAUGUGAUUAUUGGUGCGGAUAAGUCGAACCUCGUGCUUAUUGGAGACGGAAUGGAUGUUACAGUUAUUUCUGGUAAUUUGAGUCACUGCCAAAACAACUUGACUACGUACACGACAUCUACCUUUGGUAAGGAAAUUAAUAAGCUCGGGUAG